AUGGCCGAGGCGUUCGGCAUAGCCGCUGGUGCGGUGGGAUUUGUGUCUCUACUGGUCCAAGUCACCAGCGGGAUCAACAAGCUGCGCGAUAUCACGAACAGUGCAGACGCCGCACCGGCCGAAAUAAAUUCUCUCAUGCGCGAGUUGGAUUUCUUAGUCCACGUUAUGCGGGAGGCCAACGACAAGGCACCCUCACAGAAGGAUCUCAUCCUCCAGCACUGCCAGACAAACUGCGAUCAAGUUGUCAGAGAUCUUGAGGUGCUUAACAAAAUGCUGGCAACGGGGUCAAAACGCAAUGUAAAAGUUAAGGUCUUUGGGAUCCUCGCUUUCCGCCACUGGAAAGGAAAUGUCGAGGUUUUGCACCGCAAUAUCCAGGCGGCCAAGCUCAGCCUGAUCAUGCUUGUCAAUCAUCACACCUCAGUUCGCCUGGGCGAGAUUGCUCUGGUCAAUCAGCUUGACGUUUCGCCUACUCGGGCAAUGAGCGCGGACGGAGAUGGCAUCUCCUCUAAAGGACUAUGGCCCACCCCUUCCGCCAAUUCAUCCAAUCUUUCCUCAGUUUCGAGACAGACCGUCACGUUUUUUGAUCGAUCCAGGUUCAGGCGUCGUGGGGAUUGCCUAUCUAGGUACUGUUCCUGUAUAUGCCAUCGUACUGAGAGAACAUCUCGUCGCUUCUGGGCACUCGAGCACACUCCCCUAGCAGUUUUCAAACAGAUUUGCGAUAAAGAAUCCUGCAACGCCGUCAAAUAUGGCGGAACAUUUAGAUUCGCUCUCUCUCAGUUUGGAGUUCGAUGGGCAACGGUCAUUCAGCUUUAUAUUGUCACUACAUCAGGAAAAUACUCGCUCCGUUCGAGUUUCGAAGUGGAGCGGGUCGUGCCGUAUACCUCGCCCGGUUUCGAGACAUUGUGGAAAAUCCGGGAGGGUAUAAUUACAUUCGAGGAGGGUCGAGAAACGCUCGUUCAUCUUCAUCUUACCGAUCCGACCUUCCCAAACCAUGUCGACCCGAGCGGAAAAUCUUACAUCGAGGUAUGGCUGCUACUUUCCACACUCGAAUACAUGGAAUGCCGAUAUAAGUUGCUUGAGCUUUUUAUGGGUGAAUUCAAAAUGACACGAGGGACUGAACAUUCAAGGUUCCUUUCUAGGUGCGCAGGCUGGAUAGGGGAAGCACCACAUUUGGAACUCCUGGAAAUUCUUCUCAACCUAGGCUUCGAUGCAGCCGAAAUCGAUAUCCACGACUGGCCGGAGCCCUGCUCCCCAGACUGGUUCGUACCAGACAUAGCUCCCGACCCGUUCUUUAUUGAAUACCUUGGACUUCUCUGUAAAGAUAACCAAGGAAAGCUUUCUACAAGAUUCGCUGGGAUGACUCCUCUUCACGAAGCUGUGUUAUUUGACUCAGCGGACUCAGUUCGGAAAUGGACAUCUCGCUCCAACAAAGAUGAGAGAAACGCCUUCGGCCAGACACCUCUUCACCUUGCCAUUUCAAACCCCCAAUAUCUGCGCAUCCUCAUACAAGCUGGCUAUGAGUUAGAUGCUCACGAUAACUAUGGCAUAACGCCCCUCAUGUAUGCGACCGCAAUUAACAAAGAGGAAGCUGUUAUGGCGCUCAUAGACGCUGGCUCCGAUCUCUCUGCUCGGGAUACUCAAUUGAAUCGCAACUUUAUGUGUUACGCUGCUCUUCGUCAACAUUGGAGCCUGGUUCUCAAAGUUCUGAACACAAUCGAAGAUCAUGCUGGUAAACGUGCAGCAGAGAGCUGGGCAGAAUUUGCAACAUAUCUAUUUGUCGUGGUCUACCCGGAUCAUCUAGGAACCAGCGGCGUAUCUCUUGAUCAAUUACUGGCCAAAUGCGGCACUGUCAACUUCGUAUACGACGCUAGUGAGGAUAAAAAAAACAGGUGCUUACUACACGACAUCAGGUCCCCCGCGGAUUUCGAGGCCUUGCUCGGUAACGGAUUCAAACUCGUCAACCAUGUAGAUAGUGCCGGCCAACACCCUCUUAUGGUAGCUGCUGAUCGGUGCGAUUCCGCUUUGGUUAGCAGGCUCCUAGCUUGUGGGACUGAUAUCAACCUCAAGGAUAAAUUCCACAAUACAUCGCUCUGCUAUGUCCUCCAACGGCUGGAGACUAGUUUCCUUGGCCAUUCCUUGUCCAUAGCCAUGGACACAUUGCGCGUCCUGCUCGCAAAUGACGCGGAUGUUCUCUCAAGAGAUACUUGUCGAUGCCCUUGUUCGCCCCAAGGCUGCCUCCCAGCUUCAAUGCUUAAUCACGGCAUUCAUCAGGUACUCCGGUGUACCCGUGCCCCUAUAUGGUCAUUGGAAUGGCUUAGCCUUGUAUCAGAACAUCGAGGAGAAAAUGAAGCAAAAACGAUUGUUCAAUCGUUCAUUAGAAGGGCAAAGCAUGACGAGAUGGGAAUGACACAUGUCUGUUGUCAGCGGGAGCGGGGAUAUGUCUUCCAACACAUCCGCUGGGAGAAACCCAUACCUGACGAUGACAUCGACGAUAUUAUAGAUGAGGAGUCCGAGUUUAUUCACGUUUUGGAAAGCGAGAUGAACCAGAGCUCCAAAAAGGAGUACAACGCACUACUCGAUGACUGGAUUGUCCAGAUCAAGACCUCACUGGAUGAAGUGUGCAGUGAAGCUGCGAAACAUAACGAAAGAUACGAACCUCGGAGGACAGGCUGGGAAGUGGACUACCAGCACGAUUAUUUCAUCCAAAGGAUUGAGAUGGAUGGGUGGAGAGAUCCCAUCAGAGACGUUAAAGACGACAUUUCAGAGUACGUUUAUUGGAUGGAACAAGAGUAUCAUUCCGGAAACGCCUCCCAGAUGAAUGAGUCCUUUAG